AUGGCGCCCAAGACGUCCUUCUCGAUGGUGCGUAAGAAGACGCCGUUCGAGAAGCACAAGGAAGAGGAGGAGUUGAAGAGGAAGCGCGAUGCUGAGGAGGCUGCCAACCUGUUCGCUGAGUUCGAGGCUGAUUUCGCCUCGGAGAAGAAGCCCAAGGCGAUGAGCUUCGUCAGCGCGGGGGUGCAGAGCGCGGGAUCUCGGCCGGGAGACGAAAUCGACAAGAGCGGGCGUGGUAAGGUGUACGUUCCUGCCAUGGCGCCUCCGGGCUUCUUCGGCGCUGAGGAGGAGCCGGAAACCAAACCGGCGUCGACGAGCGAUCACUACGCGCGUUCGGGCCGAUCCUCGGGCUUCAGCAGCACGACCGGCGGCAGGAAGCCCCGGGCGAUCGACGCCGUGAUGGAGGAGAUGAUGGAUAAACAACAGCGACGGGAAGAGGCGCGACGCGAGGGACGCGAGCUGGCCGAGGACAAGGGACCAAAUCCGCACCCCAGCGAGCUGGCGACCAGCGACAAGACCACCACGAACGUCUUCGUCGGUAACCUCCCAUUGACCGUAGUGGAGGAGGACGUGUUGAUGGAAUUCGCCCAGUUCGGACCGAUCGGUAGCGUGAAGAUCAUGUGGCCGAGAGGCGAAGAGGUGCAUACCGCGACGUCGCUCAACGGGUUCGUCUCGUUCAUGGGACGAGCGUCUGCCGAGCGGAUGGUCGCGGAGUCAGAUGGGAAGAUGUUCCGCGGCUGCGUCCUGAAAGUUGGCUGGGGUAAGGCGGUUCCUCUACCCUCCAAACCCAUCUGGCCCAGAGAGAGCGACGACAUCACCGGUAGACCCGCCGUCGGUGUUUCUGGAACGAUGGCGUCGACGGCACAGACUCGGUUUGGGGGAUACGCGGAGGAGGUGGCAGUCCAGUACCCGAGCAAUUCGCGCGUCAUGUACGUCAUCGACAGGCUCGCGAAGUACGUGGUGGACAACGGAAAAGCGUUUGAAGAAAAGGUGAUGGAGAAGGAACGGGGUAACGAGGAGUUUGGCUUCCUCUUUGACUACAAGAGCCCCAACCACCAGUACUACAAGUGGCGAGUAUUCUCGCUGACAAACGGGGACACGCUGGAGGACUGGCGGACCGAGCCAUUCGUCAUGAAUGACGCGAGGUGGACACCUCCGAAUCCAAAGAGGCGGCCGGUGUACACCGGGAAGGAGUCGGAAGCUGCGAAAGAACCCGCGGCUCCCGACAGUCUGAAGCCCGAUGACAGGGAAGAGUUUGAGGGUCUGCUGCAGGCGCUGACGCUGGAGAGGAGCGACAUCGAGGAGGGUAUGAUGUUCGCGUUGGAGCACGCGGAAAGCGCGAAAGAAGUGGCGAACAUUCUCACGGAUGCACUUACCGUUUCGGAUACUCCCGUCACGAUGAAAGUGGCGAGGCUGUUCCUCAUGUCGGACAUUCUGCACAACUGCGGCGCACCAGUGAAGAACGCAUCGGCUUACCGAACCGAGUUUCAGCAGAAGCUUCCCCGCAUCUUUGAAAGCCUGGAGAAAACACUCAUGGGCGUGGAGAGCCGGAUCACGCGCGAGGCUUUCAAGAAGCGGGUGGCGGCUGUUCUUACAGCGUGGGGUGAUUGGUUCCUGUUUGGGGAAGAGUUCCUCAAAGGCUUGGAGCUGACGUUUCUUCGCGGCCAGAAUCAGAUGAAUAGUAGCGUGAAUAGCGUUUAG